AUGAGAAAACCUUUUCUCUGUGAGUGGUGACUGAACCCUUUACCAUGCAGGUUAUUCUGUCGAAUGUGAUGUUUAUUUAUUCACAUUAUUUUCAAAUUGUCUUACAUUAUCUCACAGCUUUCAAGUUUUUACGAUAUGAUUGUUUGUAUUUAGAAUGACAUUGUAGGGUAGGUGCAAGAGGCCAACUCUGGCUAGUUUGACCAUAAGAUAGAUAGAAUAUUUGGACCAGGUAUGGCCACUUUAAAUGCUAAAGAGCUAACCCUACAAGGACCAUAGGGGGCCAUUUGUGACUGUCAUUGAAAAUCACAUUUAAUACAAAUUAAUUUAAAUAUCAGCAAAUGCAUUGAAUAAAGGAUUUGAAAAUACAUUCUUUUAGCAUUUAUUUACAUGUGAAAAAUAUAUAUCUAUGCACAUAUACUUGAUAUGAUGCUCAUGAUUGCACAUUCAAUACAGUUGUAGAAAUUAAAAAGUAAUAAGCAGAAUUGGUGAAAAAUGACCGCUCGGUACUUCUGGUGUUAACUAAAUGUGUAUCUAUUCAUAUAGAUGUAUGACUAUCAAUGUGACAAUUCAUAAGAACAAUAAGCAUUUUGAGCUUCUAAAAUUGUGAUAGUGUUGUGAGCUUUCUCCUUGGCAUUAACCAAACUAUUCAUCAGGGAAUUGUUGUAAUUGUGGAAGUUCCUUCUAUGCCAAAACAUAAAGAAUAAGGGACACUCUCUCUAACUAUAAAUGUAAUCACCCAGGAGUGGAGAUAGAGCUGUGUGUGAUAUCAGCCUCCUUACUUCAGAGUUUAUUUCACCACAUCUCAGAAUAUCAGAUCACAUUGGCAUAACUGAAGAUACGUUCUCAUUAUUUAUCAUCUUUUAAAGACCAAAAUAUUGUACAGAACAGAUGUAUAAGAUUGUUUCUGAAAAUGUGUCGUAGAAUUCCACUUUGAAAUGUGUUCUUAGCAAACUUUCUGGACUUCACUGGCUGGAGUGUCUACAAGAUGAGUCUGUGUGGAAAUUAAACUUGGAUAAAUUUACUAGAGAGUAUUUAGACGAAAGUAUCACUGGACAGAAAUACAGCAGUUGAAAUAUUUGUAAACAAAACAGUGUAGAAGCAAAGAGAAGGAAAAAAUAUAUCUAUUGUGAUUUUCAAAGAAAUAAAAUGGAAAAUAGUGAGGAACCGAAGGAUUUGACUUUUCCAGAAGAAAAAGCAAAGAGGAGACGGAAAUUAUCACAUAAUUGUAAUGUCUGUAAAAAGUCUUUCUCUCAAAAGGGCAGCUUGAAUAAGCACAAACGUAUUCAUACAGUAGAGAAGCCAUUUCACUGUGACGUCUGUGGUAAAUCAUUUUCUGCAAGUAGUAACUUGACCACACACCAACGUAUUCAUACGGGCGAAAAGCCAUUUCACUGUGAAAUCUGUGGUAAAUCAUUCUCUCACAGUAGUGCUUUAACGCAUCAUAAACGUAUUCACACAGGGGAGACUCCAUAUUCCUGUAAUAUCUGUGGUAAAUCAUUUUCUAGCAACAGUUCUUUGACUUCUCACAAACGUGUUCAUACAGGAGAGAAACCAUAUCACUGUGACAUCUGUAACAAAUCUUUCUCUCAGAGUAAUAGCCUAAUUACUCAUAAACGUAUUCAUACAGGGGAGAAGCCAUUUCACUGUGUCAUCUGUGGUAAAUCAUUCUCUGACCGAAGUACUUUCAUUUCUCACAAGCGUGUUCAUACAGGAGAGAAGCCAUAUCAGUGUAACAUCUGCAGUAAAUCAUUCUCUCAUAAGGGUCUCUUGAAUAUGCACAAACGUAUUCAUUCAGGUGAGACACCAUAUUCCUGUAAUAUCUGUGGCAAAUCGCUCUCAAGCAAAAGCAGUUUAAAUUCUCACAAACGUAUUCAUACAGGUGAGAAGCCAUAUCGCUGCGACAUCUGUAACAAGUCUUUCUCUGUAAGUAGUACCCUGACUAUUCACAAGCGUAUUCAUACAGGAGAGACACCAUAUUCUUGUGAUAUCUGUGGUAAAUCAUUCUCCCGAAAUGACAACUUAGCUAAGCAUAAAUAUGUCCAUACAGGAGAGAAGCCGUAUCACUGUGAUAUCUGUAAUAAAUCUUUCUCUCUUAGUAGUACCCUAACUAAUCAUAAACGUUUCCAUUCAGGAGAGAAGCCAUUUCGCUGUGAAAUCUGUGGUAAAUCAUUCUCUCAAAGUAGUACUUUAACUAAUCAUAAACGUAUUCACACAGGAGAGACACCAUAUUCUUGUAAUAUCUGCAGUAAAUCAUUUUCUCUCAGCAGUUCUUUGACUGCUCACAGACGUGUUCAUACAGGAGAGAAACCAUAUCGCUGCAACAUCUGUAACAAGUCUUUCUCUGUAAGUUGUAAUCUGACUAUUCACAAGCGUAUUCAUAGAGGAGAGACACCUUAUUCUUGUGAUAUCUGUGGUAAAUCAUUCUUUCAACUUGGCAACUUAGCUACCCAUAAACGUUUCCAUACAGGAGAGAAGCCAUACCACUGUGAUAUCUGUGGUAAAUCAUUCUGUACAAGUUACGAAUUGCUUGUACCCAAACGUAUUCAUACAGGAGAGAAGCCCUUUCACUGUGAUGUCUGUGGUACAUCAUUCUCUCAACAGAGUGCUUUAAAUUCACACACGAUUGUUCAUACAGGGGAAAAGCGAUUUCGCUGUGACAUUUGUGGUAAAUCAUUGUCUACAAAUAACAAUUUGACUAGACACAAACGUAUUCAUACUGGCGAGAAGCCAUAUCACUGUGUCAUCUGUGGUAAAUCUUUCUCUGACCAAAGUGCUUCCAAUUCUCACAAACGCAUUCAUACAGGAGAGAAGCCAUAUCAGUGUAACAUCUGUAGUAAAUCAUUCUCAUGUAGUAGUGCUCUCGCUUCUCACAAACGUACACAUACAAGAGAAAAACCAUAUUCUUGUAAUAUAUGUGGUAAAUCAUUCCCUCGCAACACCGCUUUAACUUAUCAUAAACGUAUUCAUACAGGAGAGAAGCCAUUUCACUGUGACAUCUGUAACAAAUCUUUCUCUGUAAGUAGUACCCUGACUAUUCACAAGCGUAUUCAUACAGGAGAGACACCUUAUUCUUGUGAUAUCUGUGGUAAAUUAUUCUCCCGAAAUGACAACUUAGCUAAGCAUAAAUAUGUCCAUACAGGAGAGAAGCCGUAUCACUGUGAUAUCUGUAAUAAAUCUUUCUCUCUUAGUAGUACCCUAAUGAAUCAUAAACGUUUCCAUUCAGGAGAGAAGCCAUUUCGCUGUGAAACCUGUGGUAAAUCAUUCUCUCAACGUGGCAAUUUAGCUACUCAUAAACGUUUCCAUACAGGAGAGAAGCCGUAUCCUUGUGAUAUCUGUGGCAAGUCAUUCUCCUUGAGUUUCAACUUAUCUAAACACAAAUAUAUCCAUACAGGAGAGAAGCCAUACCAUUGUGAUAUCUGUGGAAAAUUGUUCUCCUCAAAUGGUUACAUGACUAUACACAAACGUAUUCAUACAGGGGAGAAGCCUUAUCAUUGUGAUAUCUGUGGUACAUCAUUCUCUAACCAAAGUGCUUUAAAUACACACACACUUGUUCAUACAGGGAAAAAGCGAUUUCACUGUGACAUUUGUGGUAAAUCAUUGUCUACAAAUGACAGAUUAACUAAACACAAACGUAUUCAUACUGGAGAGACGCCAUAUCGCUGUGAUGUCUGUGGUAAGUUAUUCUCUGAGAAGAGCUAUUUCAGUCGUCACAAACGUGUUCAUACAGGAGAGAGGCCAUAUCAGUGUAACACCUGUAGUAAAUCAUUCUCAGACCGAAGUGCUUUCAAUUCUCACAAACGUACACAUACAGGAGAGAAACCAUAUUCUUGUAAUAUCUGUGGUAAAUCAUUCCCUCGCAACUGUGCUUUGACUGAUCAUAAACGUAUUCAUACUGGUGAGAAGCCAUAUCACUGCGACAUCUGUAACAAAUCUUUUGCUGCCAGUAGUAACCUAACUACUCAUAAACGUAUUCAUACAGGAGAGACACCAUAUUCUUGUGAUAUCUGUGGGGUAUCAUUUUCUCAGAGUUGCGCUUUAACUAGUCACAAGCGUAUUCAUACAGGGGAGAAGCCAUAUCAGUGUGAUAUCUGUGGCAAAUCAUUUUCUGGAAGUACUGCUUUAACUAGUCACAAGCGUGUUCAUACAGGAGAGAAGCCAUUUCACUGUGAUAUCUGUGGCAAGUCAUUCUCUCAAAGUGGCAACUUAACUACUCACAAACGUUUCCAUACAUGAGAAAAUCCUAUUGACUGUGAGUGGUGCCUGAACCCUUUACCAUGCAGGUUAUUCUGUCGAAUGUGAUGUUUAUUUAUUCACAUUAUUUUCAACUUGUCUUACAUUAUCUCACAGCUUUCAAGUUUUUACGAUAUGAUUGUUUGUAUUUAGAAUGACAUUGUAGGGUAGGUGCAAGAGGCCAACUCUGGCUAGUUUGACCAUAAGAUAGAUAGAAAAUUUGGACCAGAUAUGGCAACUUUAAAUGCUAAAGACCUAACCCUACAAGUAACAACAUUUCUUACUUCCCACAAGGACCAUAGGGGACCAUUUUUGACUGUCAUUGAAAAUCACAUUUAAUACAAUUUAUUUUAAAUAUUAGCAAAUGCAUUGAAUAAAGGAUUUGAAAAUA